GAACGGUUGUGUUUACGUGUUUAUUUAAAAUAUAUAUGAGCAAGCGUUCGUUCGCUAAAUUCAAUGAGAUACAAUUUCAAAUUGGAUUUCGUUGUAUGUUGUCGUUGUUUCAGUGUUAUUAGCUCUUUUUUUGUUUGUUAAAUUCAUUUCAACAUUGAAACGGGCAAUAGAAAUAUAUAGGGCAAAUGAGACUUUGCGUUUUUCUAGCAUUUCAAGCAUAAAUCAAUUUAUAACAAUUUCAUGUUGUAUGUGAGAGUGCCCCUCUAUGGUGUGUGUAUAUAUGUAAAAUGUGCAUCCAAUGAAUUUUACGUGUGAAAUAAUAAUAAUGAAAGUGAGAGCACGACAAAAACACACACAUACAAUUGUCUGCGAUAGCAAAAUACAACAUAAAGAAAAAAACUGACACACAAAAUAUAAAUCACAUUGGAAUUACAAUUCAAAUAGCUUGAGCUGUGCUGAAAAACAAAACUCACACGAAAAUAUAUGUUUGAGCAUUUUAUGCGUUGAACGAUGAUGAUAUUGAAAAUUUGAAAAAAAUAAAAAUUUACUUUUCGUGAAAAAGAGACGAACGAAUAAAAAAUUAACGAAUUUUUGCAGCAGAACAAAAAAAAACUUUUCGCAUCUUUCAUCGGGAGACGAGCAACAGAGAAAAAAGAAUCACAUCUUUUCAAAGCACUUUUCUCCGUUUCUUUUUCGUCUCAUUUCUCGUAGACAAGACGAAAACCGUCUGAAGAAUACCGGAUCGAGAUAACAAACGAAAAAAGAAAACAAACCGAAACUUAUUUAAAGUGAAAACUCAAACGUAAUUCACGCAACACUCAAAGGGAACGAUGAGAUGAGAUAAGUUUUGUGAAUUACAAAACCGGAAUGCGAACAUAAACAAUUUUUUUUUCGGUCUCAUAUCGAUUCUUUUGUAUGUAAAAGUGAGUCACACACACACUGCUUUAAAUAAUAAGAAAACUACUUUAGCACAAGACUUUAUCGAAUUACUUUGCAAAACAAAAGUUUAUUCGCACACUGUACGAACGCGCUUUUAUUGGUUUUUAUGCGAUUGCUGUGUGAGAAACUGACGGUCGUCGCUCAUCGCUGAUAAUUGCGUUGAAUCGGAAGUUUUUGUGGAUCAAGUCAGACGAUGCAACAACAACACUAAAAUAAAAUAAAAAAAUAUCCAUGUGAAUAGAAUCUAAAGUGAAAACAUUAAAAUAAUAUCAAAAAGCAUUUGCUUGGCAUUUUAUCAAUUAAUUGCUGUAAAAAGAGAGAAAAAAACUGCAAGAAAUAAAAUUAGUGCGAGAAACACAGGGGAGAGAGUGAGGAGAUAAAAGCAGUGACGCCAACAACAUCGGUAGACUUGUAUAAAUUGCAGUUUAAUUGACGAAACAUACACAAAAAAAAGAAGAAGACGACGACACGAAAAAAAGAGACCAAAACUAUAUAUGGAAUCACAUUCAUCUUAUUUGUAUGCUGUGCCAUCUUACUGUUGUGCCAUUUGUUACAGUUUACGACAUUAAAUAAAUGCAAAUAACUAACAAUAAAAGGCAACAUCCGAAACACAAUCCAAUACACAGACAAAAAUCUAUGCACACAAUUUUGAAAUCGUUGAGAAAAGCCAUAAAAGCGGCUGUCGGUGAAGUCGAACCUUCGUUUGAAUUGAGCGCGCGAAUAAAAGGAGUGAGAACGGAAUUGCAAAGAAAACAGAAGAAAAGAAAGUGAAUGAAAAAAGCCGGGUUGGGGGAAUGAAAAGAAAAAGCAGGAAAACAGCCGAAACGUGAGUAAAACGAAAAGGAAGAAGUUAAAGUGAGAACGUGGAGAAAACGGAAGACGAUACGAGCACAAGAGAUCAAGAAGUAAUGCACAGUGUGAUAGAAACUUUUUGCUGAUGCUUCUUCGAAAUUAUUGUUGUUACCGAAGAAAAAAAGUAAAAACACGUUCGACGGAGGUCGUUUGGUAAUCAAUCUUCUCUGUAAACAGUUUUGGCGACAAACUUAGUUUAACAACUUUAAACGAGAAAAUAACGUCAAAUCAAAAUACAACCCGAAAGUUUUUUUUAUUCGUUUGCAAAGAUGCAUCGAAAAUCUUAAUCGAUUGUAAAAUUGUUUUUUUUUUUUUUUUUGAGGGAAACAAAAUUUAAUCGCAAAAUCCGGCUCAUGACCCAUAAAUAUGAGAAUUGUGUGCAAAGACAUUUCAUUACAGCGAGUUUUAUUGUGUUGAGCUUGUAUUAAUAAAGUGAACAGAUUUUUUCAUCAAAUAAUUAACACGGAUUGGCAUGGCAUGGGUGAGAGGACUACUGGUCCUGCUCACCAUAAGCGUCAAUGUUGGCGUUGUUCAUAUGGCCGAACCAACAACGACGAUGAUGACGGCGAUUAUGACAACAAAGUUGUCUUCAAUGUUGCCAACGUCGGCAUCAACACUUCCGUUCGAAUGGACAACGAAAUUUAAGCCAAAAACAACGCCAACAACGCAAAAAAAAGUGAAACCAAAACCUUCGAUGAGCGAAUCGGUGGUGAUUUUAACACCGGAUUCGGAUCGACAAACAAAAGAUAUUUACGAUAAAGCACUGAAACAAUUUGAUUCAUAUGGCGUAUCAACGCGACAAUUGUGUGCGACAUGGGAAAAACGUGGAUGCCAAUGCUCUGGCACCGUGGAAGAACUGACGCUAUCAUGCCGUUCGAUUGGAUUGAAUGAAACACCUACCGAACUACCAAAGAAUUUAAUCAAAUUGGACCUUGGUAACAAUAACAUAACCACGCUGCCAAAUAGAUCCUUCGAUGCUGUACCUCAUUUAGAAGAACUCAUUCUAUCCGACAAUAGUUUAUUACAUAUUGAUUCAGACGCAUUUAUAGGAUUAAAUAAACUAAAACGUUUAUCAUUACAUAACUGUGGCCUUUCUGUUAUACCCGGAAAAGCUUUAAGCCAUCUCCCGCAUUUGAAUGCAUUACAACUAGACAAUAAUGCAGUUAUGCAAUUAGAUGAUAUUUCCUUGGCACAAUUGAAGAGUCUACGGGCACUUCGGCUUGAAGGAAAUAUGCUGCAACGGGUGCCAACCGAAACAUUGACUGGUUUACCAACACUAGAAAUAUUAAAUUUAGGAGGAAAUCAUCUACUUAAUAUAAACGUUGGAGAUUUUCCAAAAUUGGACAACUUGCGAUAUCUCACUCUGAAGCGAAAUCGUCUGACAAAUAUAACAGCCGCUGCGAUAAGCAAUUUAUCCAACAUAAGAGUUCUCGACCUGGAUGAUAAUUUGCUUACACUCAUUCCGUACAAUUUGACAAAAUUGACACAUCUACAGGAACUAUUUUUAUCGGGAAAUCGAAUCAAUACCAUACACAAAGAUGAACUUCCAGCGAAUCUAAUAAUAUUGGAAUUGCGGGGCAAUCCAUUAGGUGAUAUUCAAUUUGAUGCACUUCACAGCAUGCCAAGACUGAGAAAACUGGUUUUAUCGGAUGCCAAAAGUUUGAGUGUACUACCGUCGUUUGAAGGAUGCCCGGCAUUGGAAAUCUUACGAAUGGAUCGAGCCAACAUUUCCAUCUUUCCGAAUACACUGUGCCGCAAUUCGUCACGCUUGAAAAGCAUAGAAUUGAAGUCAAACCGGCUUAGAAGUGUUCCCGAUUUGUCGCAUUGUAAAGAUUUGCGAAUCUUAGAUUUAUCGGAUAAUCGAAUCACAUCGAUACACGAAACACCGUUCAAGGGUUUGGGUCAAUUACAUGAUCUGUUGUUAUCGUACAAUAAAAUCGAAACAAUUCCAAAGGAUGCGUUCGACGGUGUGCCAAGGCUGCAAUUACUAGAUUUAGAAGGGAAUAAAAUCUCGUUCAUUCAUGACGAAUCAUUCAUGGGUUUUGAACAACUUGAAGAUUUAAAUUUGGGCAAUAACAUAUUUCCGACGUUGCCAAAGAAUAACAUGCAAAACAUUCGUCAUUUGAAAACGUUCAAUAAUCCAAAACUACGGGAAUUUCCACCACCCGAAACAUUCCCUCGCAUCCAGACAUUAGUGCUGUCAUAUGCGUAUCACUGUUGUGCAUUUCUUCCACUUGUCACAAUGAAAAGCAAGCCAAAAACAACACCAAUACAGGAAACCAUCCUCUUUCCAACUGACAGUAAAUUCGAUAUGAGCUUGUGGAACAGCAGUCAAACGGAUAUUUGGCCACAAUUGCAUAACUUGAGCAAAAAGUUUGGCAGUCAAAUUAAUGAACUGUGGGAUUCAUUCGGGCAAGAUUUUACGUAUCCGGGCAAUUUGCCAACCUAUGUUGAAGAGUAUUACGAAGAAGAAAUGUCGCCAACAAGAGCAUUGAACAGUGAUUUAGUAGCAGGAUCGGUACAAUGUUUACCAUUACCAGGACCAUUUCUACCCUGCCAAGACUUAUUUGAUUGGUGGACACUGCGGUGCGGUGUAUGGGUCGUAUUCCUAUUAGCGAUGCUUGGCAAUGGCACCGUUGUAUUUGUGUUAAUAUUUUCGCGUUCAAAAAUGGAUGUGCCAAGAUUUUUGGUGUGUAAUUUAGCGGCCGCUGAUUUUUUCAUGGGCAUUUACUUGGGCAUAUUGGCCGUUGUGGAUGCAUCAACAUUAGGUGAAUUUCGUAUGUUUGCAAUACCAUGGCAAAUGAGUGUUGGAUGUCAAAUAGCUGGUUUCCUGGCCGUUCUAUCGUCCGAACUAUCCGUAUAUACAUUGGCUGUGAUAACAUUGGAGCGAAAUUAUGCAAUAACCCAUGCGAUGCACUUAAACAAACGUCUGUCACUUCGACAUGCCGGCUACAUCAUGAUAUUCGGAUGGUUGUUCUCCUUCACAAUGGCAUCACUGCCAUUGAUUGGUAUAUCGGAUUAUCGAAAAUUUGCCAUUUGUUUGCCAUUCGAAACGACCAAUGGUCCAGCAAGUUUGGCCUAUGUUAUUUUUCUAAUGUUCAUAAAUGGUGUGGCAUUUGUCAUUCUAAUGGGUUGCUAUUUGAAAAUGUACUGCGCCAUUCGUGGUUCACAAGCAUGGAAUUCAAAUGAUUCACGUAUUGCAAAACGUAUGGCACUUUUAGUAUUUACCGAUUUUUUGUGCUGGUCACCAAUUGCAUUUCUAUCAAUCACCGCCGUUUUUGGAGUGCAUCUCAUCAAUCUAAAUCAGGCAAAAGUUUUUACCGUUUUUGUGUUGCCAUUAAAUUCAUGUUGCAAUCCAUUUUUGUAUGCAAUUAUGACAAAACAAUUUAAAAAAGAUUGCGUACUCAUUUGUAAGACGAUUGAAGAAUCGCGUGUUACACGUGGCAUCGGACGAUGUAGGCAUAGUUCGAAUUUUAGCAAUCGACAAACACCGGCCAAUACAAAUUCAUUGGGCGAACGGUCAUCGAAAGAUUUGCCACCGUUGAUGACCGGACAAAUGUGUGCAUGCUCAAAAUUAUUGGAACAUAGUAUUCCGCAUGACGAAACGCCACCGAAAUUUUGGAAACGCAUUUGGAAUCGCGUGACAUGCAAAAAACCGAAAAAACGUUCGGAUAUUCGGAGGGACAUUCGAUGUGAUCAAUAUGCAUAUAAAAUUGCGGAAAUUCAACAAAAACCAUUUAAACGAGCUAGUUCGGUGUCGAGCGAUAAUUUUAGCUCGUCUCGAUCGGACUCGUGGAGACAUGGACCUCCGCAUCAUUGUUCGAUUCCGUUGAGGGUGUUGGACACACGGCGUAGACAUUCAUCGUGGUUAGUGACUAGGAAAACAUCACAAGAUUCGAAUUUAUCGAGCUCAAGGAAUGAUUCAUCGGCUUCGGGCACAACUGCAAGCACUUCCACUUUUCGACUGUCACGAUCGAGUGCAGCUUGCACGACACCGACACCAUCGUUAACUGGCAAGUCGUUGAUAAUCAGUGCCAAGCCGCGAUUAGUACGACAACAUGCGGUGCAAGAAGAGCAUAAUGAACCAUCAUGUUCAUCGCCACGAUUAAGUGUGCGGUUUUUACCGACCAUCCCAUCGGCCGCCGAUAGUAGUUGCAUCAUCGACGAAGAAUCGUGCAAUGAACCAAGUACAGCGAGUACAUCAAAUAAUAACAACAACGUUGGUUCAACAACCAAUUUUUAUACCAUUCUGCAAAGUGGAAAUCCACUAACAACACUCUCUAGUCCAAAAUCAAAUAAAAUAGAUAAACCACCGUAGGCAAAUCAUAUGAAAUACUGUGGAUUGUGAAUUAAUUCCCAAAAUCAUCCUACCCCAAGACAAUUGGUAUAAGUAAACGUUAUGACCGGAAGUCGAGCAUUCAUAUUUGCUUUUGUGAUUUCAUCGCCACGUUUGUAUAUUUAUUACACCAAAAUCAUUUGCUCUUGUGUUCACACACACAGAUUUUGGUUUCAUCUACUUCAGUUCAUCUGGGUAUUCAAGUGUUUAUUUCGGUUAUGUGCCGCAUCGAUAACAUCAAUGUUUCUCUCGUUAAAAUCUCGGUCAAUCAAACAUUGUGCCCGCAAGCGAUAACCUACCAUUUCUGGCAUAAAAUAGAGCAAUCGUGGCAAAUACGCACAAUUAACUCGAUAAACCCAAGUAAUUCGUCGAAAGUAUGGUCAAACAUUUCGAUAGGCACAUAAAAUGCAUAAAUUUAAGCAAAACUUCGGUUUGUUUUCAAGGGUUUUUCCAUACAUAUAAAUCAUUCGUUCAAAGGAAACGAAAUCGAACUCAUUUUGUAUGAAUUGUCGCCAAUCCCUUGUUAUUGCGAUUAAAAAAAACAUUAUAUUUCCAUUCGUUUGACACAAUGAUAAAUAAGGGUCAGUUAACUUAGUCCGGCAUCAAUGGAAGUUCGUUUGGGGUGUAUAGCACGUGUGCGUUUCGAUUCCUGUAAAAGAUUUUUUUGUGUUUUUCACUUUCUUUCUUCCGCUUUUUUCGCACUCCCUCUAUCUUACGCUGUCUCUCUCACGCUCAAUCACUCGCCUUUUAUUGCUCUCUCUCUUACAUCAGCUUUCUCUGUCUCUUUUACACUCUCUCCCCUUUUCUCUCUCUCUCCAUCUCUUUCUCCUCCAUCUCUUUCUCCUCCAUAUUUCCCUCUUUCUUCCUGAAAUAUUACGGAAAACUCCUUCGAUACAAAGCUCAUACAACCGAAGGAAAAAAUUAAUUGGCGAAAAAACAAGCCAUAAUUAAUUAUAUCGAUUUUCCUUUCUUGUUAGACACGCACCCGUGGCGUAAUAUUUGCAAGGGACUUUUAUUUCUAAUUCCCACUGAUUUGUUCGUUUUUCUCCGCAAUCGACUCCCACCGUGCAAAUAAAGUCUCUGGACAAAAUUUAUGUCGGAUAUUCCUUACUUUGAAUACUAAUUUCUCGUUUUAUUGACUGUGAACGCUAAGACGCCUUGUCCACCGACCGACCGCACAAAGAUGCUCCACAAGUUCACAUGUAAUUUUAUCGAGUCAAAAAGUGGAUAAACAAAAACCAGGUAUAAUUAAAUUUGACGCAUUUAUUGUUGUGCGUCACCUACUCGGAAAGGUCAAAAUGUGUGCGACAUUGAAAACGAAGGCAUUUGAUUUAUCCAAUCAAAUAUUCAUGAAUGGUUUUUGUUCGCAAUUAGAUUGAAACAAGUAAUGAACAACUUAUACCGCAAUAUUUCUACAAUGCCGAUUUCAACCAAUUUACAACGUUUUUUCCGGAAUGAUGUUCUUCUUUUUUCUGCUUAGCAACAAAGCUCUCAUUUGAUCUACUUAUUGAAUUUUCUCGAAAAUUAGGUCGAUGCAAGAUGUAAGAAAAGCAAUUUGUUUUGAAUUCAACCGGUUGAACAAAAUGAAUUCCAAUGAAAUUUGAGCAUCAGAUGCUAUUGAAAACGCUCAUUCAAAUCGUUGUCUACCCCUUCAUAUCGUCGAAUAAAUCUGACAUGAAUUCAUUUGAAUUGAAUUAUUGUUGACUUUGACCCAGAGUCAUGUUGACACAUUUAAAACUUCCCACGUUGCAUUUGAUUACAUGUCGUAAAAUAUGUAUUAAAUUGCGUAAAUGUUUAUUGACAUUCGCCUGCCGAAUUUCGCUCAUGAGUACGUGCAUCUUUUAAACGUUGUAUGAUUCUCCUUGUGGCACAGCAGCAACACCAACAGCACAGCACAUGAAUUAUGACCGAAACGGUUGCAACCGGAGUGAAAACGGCAUAAAUAAAUUUUCUUAUCAAGAAAAACGGUUUCAAAUUAGAUCAACAAAUUUUGGGUUGUAGAACGUAACGGCGUGAAUUUCUCAAUAAAAUUGAAGUAAACGCUGACAUUAUGAAUAUUACGGCAGUGAUAAAGACUGUGAAUGUAAAUCAUUUUAUGAAGCGAAGGAGAUUGGACAGAAGAGAGACAGCGAGAGACAGCGAGAGAUAGAAAGGCAGACAAGUGGAAAGAUAAAGAAAUACAGAUUUCGUUGAUGAAAAUUAUUGGCAAAAGUUUUUGGUUUGGUUCAUGUUUUGUUUACGCACUUUUCAUCAUUUCAUAUGGAAAAUGUGAGGCUUUCGGUCAUUUGCUAAAUGUUUAGAUAUAAAGUAUAAUAUAUUUUCAUGUUGUAUUGACAUUAACUUUAAUCUUCAUUUGUCAGAUCAGUGUCAGUGUAGAACGUUGAUGUCUUGUUCGCAAAUACCAUAUAUUAAUAAUAGUGUUAUUGGAUUUUUUGAAUGAUAAAUAGAGUUAUUUGUAAGUCAUAAAUGUGAUAAUUGCUGAAAACGGUCCAUGUGAAUUAUUAUUCUAUGAACAAAAUGAAUCUUCAUUAAAAUAGAGAUAUUUAUUCAAUAGAUAUGGAAAACCCCAUUCACAAUUGAGAUGUCUAGUGUUAAAAAAGCCUAAAACAAAAAUGUUUCAGAAGAAAAACACUGAAUUUACUACUCAUUUAUUUUUACGGAAUUUAUUGUAUACAGAAGAAAGCUACACACUAUAAGUUAAGAUAUAUGAACGUUUUGAUAUUGUAUAAGUGAGCAUAAUUGGUAAGUCAUCCCACAGUAUUAUUAAAUUAGAUGAAGUGAUUAUGAAUUAAUAGAAAUUUAAUGUGACAUAAAUGUGGAAAUUAUCGAUUUUGUAUUGUCUAAAUGAUGACAUAUAUCUACGCAAUCGAUCCGGGGAUUAUGGCAUUAAUUAGAAAGACAGUAGAAUCCAAUUCAUUCAUUUCUUGUGAUGGUGGUUAUCAAGGUCCUUGAUUCAAGGAAGGGACUCAUUUCAAAGUUUUCGGAGGUUUUUUUAUCUUUUAAGCUUAAAAGUUUUAUGUAAGGGGUUCAUUUCGACUGCAAGAAAAGUGAAAAGCCAAAAAAAGUGUUCAUAUGAGGUUUUCGGAGGGGACACCUGGUCAACACUCCAAACUCGUUGGACACCUGGUCUGAACAUUUGACUCAGAAGCUGUGAAUCCAUUGAUGAAUUCCAAUACACUCUUAAGUUGGACUUAAAGACCAUUCUGUGCCGGACUCCGAUAUUUCAAUGAAAGUCAACGAAUUUCAAUAAAAAUCGGCAAAAAUCAAAUGGUACGAGUUAAUAGAGUCAAUUGUACCACUUUUUUGUCUCCAAAAGCUCACGUUUAACUUUCUCUUUUUCAAAAAUAACUUCAGCGAGACAUGAGAUGAAAAAAACCGUCUGACAAAAAAAUGUUCACGCGAAAAACGAAAAUAAAUUAAAUUUGUCGAUUUUCAUCUUCCAAAAUUGAAAAUGAUUACUCAAAAUCUCAAUUUGAAUAUUUCCUAUAUUUUUCGCCGUCAAAAUUCACCGCCAUUUUCCCAUUUUUCAUUCAAAACGAAGAAAUUUUAAAAGACGGUAGAAAAUUUCUGCUAGAAAUAAAAUCUCAAAUACUCCCUUUCACACACUAGGUGUAUGCAAAAAAAAAUCUCCCGCUUAGCACUGACUUUCGAAUGAAGCCACAUGUGAAACGCAUAAAUCAAGUGUCGAUUGUACCAUUUAGUUACCAUGUAGUUAAAACCAAUAUCUCUCUUUCAUUAAAACUUAUUAUAUAAGAGCUGUAAAUGUUAAUGCGAAUGAAAACUUCGAUGUAAUGCAUGGCAUUUUCAUAUUAUAAAUGGAAAUGGAGAAUGACCUUUCCCACAUAUUAGUUUUAUUUUUAGAAUUCCAGGCAAACCACAUUUAUUUUAAUUAUGUUCGUAUGAACUUUAACUUGAUGAAAAGAAAAACAACAUGGUUUCGUAUUGUGAGGUUUCGAGACGCAGAAAAUUUAUGCAAUAAUAAAAUUAUAAUCU